AUGCUUUCCAGUGACCUCUUUGACUGUUUUAACGUUGACAAUAUUCAUGAACUAGAUGAACCCCACCGGAUAUUAAUUGCUGAUCGUUUCACGGAUGCCCUUGUUCUCCUCCUUAAGGCUAUCGGCUAUCAUCACCGGGUCCGGGCUCAAGACAUAGAACUUCGCGACGGCAUCAGAAAGUGGGCUCGAGACACUCUGACAAUCGCCACUGGUAGAGACGAAUAUUUAUUGCGACAUACUAUAGAUAUGUCCGCCUCCGUUUCUGAGUACUUUUAUCCUCUUUCAUCUUAUGAGACCAAGAUACACAUGGCGACGGCAAGCGCUGCUGCAUUUACUGUGGAUGAUGCAACUAUGGAUCCCGAAACAUGCAAAGAAGUAGAAAAGUUUAGUCAGAAUAUAUGGAGAGGUAUGCCUCAACAGACCAGCUGGUGCAGAAUGUACGCAGAUAUUAUCAGUGGAUAUGCGGAGUAUUUCGGUGAAAAUGAGCCAUUUCUUGGGAACCUCGGAUCCAUAGCAUGGACUAGCUACAUAACCGCAAACUCUUUAGAAAACCGGCUUGCCAAAGAUUUGCCGACACACUUUAACGAUAACACGCCUUAUAGCGAGACAACUAGCGCUUGUACCGACCUGUUUGCUCCGUAUUUCCGCUCACUGACUGGAUUCGCGGCUGCGUACGCAGUUGCUAUCUUUAAGCCCUCGCGUGAGGUCGAAAUCCCGCUACUUCACUGGGUAGCCACCAUUCCCCAUUUGAUUACCUUCCUCAAUAUCUGGAAUGACUUGUUGUCAUUUCCCAAAGAAACCAUUGUGGGGGAAACCUGCAACUUUAUAAGCUUAACUACUAAAGCAAGGCGUCUGCGACGAUCUACUUCGAAUUUUGUGGUCGAAGGGGGUCAGUGGACACUUCGAGAUACAUUAUGUGAAGCUUUCGAGCAGGCGUUAAGCAGCACGCAGGUCCUAGACAAUGCGUUUAUGCCUCUUGCACAAGUUACCUCUAAAGGGCUAAGAGCAGGGCUAGAAGGAGUCAACGCUGAUGUGUCUGAGGAAUUAGAUAGUGGCAAAGAAUUCCAAUCGGCCGCUAGAUUGUGGACAUCUUUCAAACAAGGUUAUAUUGCGUGGCAUAUCCAAUGUCCGAGGUAUAAACUCAACGCUCUUCAGCAAAAAUUGCGGGAAAAACCACACAGUGGCCCAAAGGGGUCUGGCAGAAGCAGCUAA